CUGUCAAGAUGGCGGACAAUCUCCCUUCGGAGUUUGAAGUGAUCGUAAUAGGGACGGGUUUGCCCGAAUCCAUCAUUGCGGCUGCAUGUUCAAGAAGUGGCCAGAGGGUUCUGCAUGUUGAUUCAAGAAGCUACUAUGGAGGAAACUGGGCCAGUUUCAGCUUUUCAGGAUUGUUGUCCUGGAUAAAGGAAUACCAGGAAAAGAGUGACAUUGUGAAUGAAAGCCCCUCAUGGCAAGAACAGAUCCUUGAAAAUGAAGAAGCCAUUGCUCUUAGCAAGGUGGACAAAACCAUUCAACAUGUGGAAGUGUUUUGCUAUGCCAGUCAGGAUUUACAUGAAGGUGUCGAGGAGGCUGGCGCACUGCAGAAAAACCACGCCUCGGUGGAUUUUGCCGGCUCCGCAGCAGCCACAGAUUCGGCCUGCCCACCCCCGGCAGGCGAGUCAUUAAGCACUGCGAGCUGUGAGCAGCCCACAGACCAGACUUCCAGCGCUGAUUCUGAGAUGGCCCUGGAAGUGCACGAUGCUGAAGGGACAGGGGAGAACGUGAACCAUUGUGAUGAUAACACCUGUGUGCUGUCAACUUUGGAGGAAACCAGUGAACCUGUAGCUGCAGCAGAUGACAUUGCAGAACCACCAAGGAAAAAUAGGAUUACGUACUCGCAAAUUGUUAAAGAAGGCAGGAGGUUUAAUAUCGAUUUGGUAUCAAAGCUGCUGUAUUCUCGAGGAUUGCUAAUUGAUCUUCUAAUCAAAUCUAAUGUCAGUCGCUAUGCGGAGUUCAAAAAUAUUACCAGGAUUCUUGCAUUUCGAGAAGGAAGAGUGGAACAGGUUCCUUGUUCAAGAGCAGAUGUCUUUAAUAGCAAACAACUUACUAUGGUAGAAAAGCGAAUGCUAAUGAAGUUUCUUACAUUUUGUAUGGAGUAUGAGGAACAUCCUGAUGAAUAUAAAGCAUAUGAGGAGAUGACAUUUUCUGAAUAUUUAAAAACUCAAAAAUUAACUCCCAACCUGCAAUAUUUUGUUCUACAUUCCAUUGCAAUGACAUCAGACACAGCCAGCAGUACCAUAGAUGGUCUCACAGCUACCAAAAACUUUCUGCACUGUCUUGGGCGGUAUGGUAACACCCCGUUUUUGUUCCCUCUGUACGGUCAAGGGGAGCUCCCUCAGUGUUUCUGCAGGAUGUGUGCCGUAUUUGGUGGAAUCUACUGUCUUCGCCAUUCAGUGCAGUGCCUUGUUGUGGACAAAGAAUCCAGAAAAUGCAAAGCGAUCAUAGAUCAGUUUGGUCAGAGAAUAAUCUCUAAGCAUUUUCUUGUGGAGGACAGUUACUUUUCUGAGAACACAUGUUCGCGUGUGCAGUACAGGCAGAUUUCCAGGGCGGUCCUGAUUACAGACAGAUCUGUCCUACAAGCAGAUUCAGAUCAACAGAUUUCCAUUCUGACAGUGCCGCCAGAGGAAGCAGGAACUUCUGCUGUCCGGGUCAUUGAGUUAUGUUCUUCAACCAUGACAUGCAUGAAAGGCACAUAUUUGGUUCAUUUGACUUGUACAUCUUCUAAAACAGCAAGAGAAGAUUUAGAACCAGUCGUGCAGAAAUUGUUUACUCCAGAUACGGAAACGGACAUAGAAAAUGAAGUUGAAAAGCCAAGACUUCUAUGGGCUCUUUACUUCAAUAUGAGAGAUUCUUCAGACAUCAGCAGGGACUCUUAUAAUGAUUUACCAUCCAAUGUGCAUGUCUGCUCUGGCCCAGAUGGUGGUUUGGGAAAUGAUAAUGCAGUCAAACAGGCUCAGGCACUCUUUCAGCAGAUCUGCCCCAGUGAAGACUUCUGUCCACCCCCUCCAAAUCCUGAAGACAUUAUUCUGGAUGGAGACAGUUUACAACCAGGGGCUUCAGAAUCCGUCGUCAUACCUGAGGCCAGUUCAGAGAUUCCCAAGGAAAGCGCAGACCUGGGGGAGCCGGAAGAGCUCUCUGAAUAGCAGAUACACAUGCAACAAACUGUAUUCCCCAGAGUCUUCUUGAUCUACAGACUGUUUGAAAAAAUCUUAGAAAGCAGCAGUGGAUUGUCAUACAGAACUACCCAGAGAACCAGGUCAUAAAAAUCCAAAGGGGGGUUUUCCUUAAAGAGGGCACUUCAAGAACACAUAGUACUUGUAAAGCACAUUAACUCACCUGCUUUAAGGUACCAAACCUGUGGAGUUACCAAGAUAAGAAUUACAAAUGGAUUGAUUCCCAGGAAUAUAGCUUUGGAGACUGAAGUAAUCCUAUGCAUUGUUAAUAAUUAAUCAGCUCACUUAUUUCCUCUCAUUGUUUUUAUUAUUCUUUCUUUAAGGGUGUGAGCAUCAUGAUACAAAUGAUAAAAAGCCUAUGUCAAUAUAAUUGAGAAAAACUAAAAUACCGUACUUUUCCGUGUAUAAUGCAGUUUUUUUCCCAAAGUGUUGAGGGGGAAAUAAGGGUGCGCAUUAUACAUGGGUAGUACCUGAAAUACCUUGUAUCUGUUCUUGUAUUUUGCAAUUAUGUUACAUGAAAUUUAUAGUACCAUAAAUGCUAAACUUCCUUUAUAAUACAAAAAAGUAUCUAAAUAUAAAUAAAGAAAAAAUUGAAUUAAAAAUUAAAAUGAAAGAUGUUUUUUCUGAAAGUUUGGGCCAAAAAUGUGGAUGUGCAUUAUACAUGGCAAAAUAUGGUAUUGUGAUCCAGCAGGGACCUGCAUUUGAAAUAGAGGUUUGGUUUUCUUGAGAAAUAUUAAAAUACGAAUAUUAAAGUAGAUGUUUUUAACAAAGAAAUCAUGAAGCCAUGACUUAGUGUUUUUUAGUACUAAUUUUUGUAUGUGAAUCAUUUCCACACUGAGAAAGCUCAGCACUGAAGAAAGAAAUGGAAGGAAAGAUUUGGAUAGGCCCAUCGGAUUUUGGCAAUUCUAUAAGAAACUAUCCUAAUUGUCUCUGGACCUAAUUUCGUGUGAGCCAUGCUAUUGAUGAUGCAAAUUGUUUAACUUCUGGGCCUUGGUGUCUCCAUAUGGAAAGUUGAAAUAGUAAUAUCUUGCCUAUCCCAUAAGAAUGAUUCUAAAUAUAAAUGCAGUACCAUCUUUAGAAUAGUUUUUUGGGGGAAAAAUUGUUUCAAAUUUUCCCACCAACUUGAAGGUGACUCUCAAAAAUCUUAGGCAGCAAAUGAUUAUGGAUAGCAAAUAAUUGUUGUCAACUUCCACAACACUGUAGAUCAUGGUGUUUUUAUUGCACUAAAACAUUCAUAGUCUUAUAGACCAGUAAAUACAGUAACAUGUGAAAUUCUGCUUUUGAAUCUUAAUAAGGAACACACUUCAUAAGGAUAAUUUUUUUGUAUUUCUCUUCCAGUAGGUAAACGUGAAACCACCCAGGACUCUGAGUAGAGUAUAACAGUUGGUAAAUUCUAGAACACCCUUAACAUAAAAUGUCAGGGUGGUACCCAGGAAGCAAAUCUAGUGACAGUGACUAUAUUGAUUUUUUUUCCAAAUGCCAAGCUCUGAUGGCUUACUUUUUUGAGCAAUAGUUUGGAUUGAACAACUUAUUUCAAUAUAUAAAAACAUAAAAAGUUUCUUGGUGUGCAGUUUGCCCAGUAGUGCCGAGCACAGAGCCAUGACUGCGGUGCACAGCCCAUGGGGCCUGCAGCCUUCAGCUGCAGGAGCUCUGACUUCUGCAGAUUUCCAGGAACUUUCCAGGACAGUUAGCUCAGUCAGGUCCCAGGCUCACACUAAAUGGAAAGAGCCAAGGAAUGUAUCUCUCACCUCACCUUUCCAACCUCCUACAGAGAGAGGUGAAUCUAGGUGCCAGGAAGGCCUUUCCAGCCCCUCAGGCUACUCCUCCUAAUUCUUCUGCCCUCUAUGCAGCCCCUCCCCUCUCUCUUUAGUUCCUUCUUCCUCUCUUCUGUUUUUUUUUUUGCAAUACUAUUCAAAUCAGGGACAGAAGAAUCACAUGAUAAUCUACUUUGUUAGAUGGAUUCAGAUCUUUCUGAAGUCAAAUCACGUUUCCUGAAUCCUAAGUACAGCAUGUGUUAAAUGCUCAGUACUACCUGUUAGCUCCCAGGCAUUGGCCCUGCCCCUCACUACCAGCAAUAUAUAGGGUUCCAGUAUAUGAAAGUAUUGAGUUGGAAUACAAUUGCACUAAGUUGCACUAAUUAAGAUACUGUAUUUUGUCAUAGUCUUAGAGUUAAGGUCUCUUGAGUAGAGCAUGCACAUUUAUAUAAGCAGCCAAGCACAGUAGGCCAAGGAUAGUCUGUGGUUUCACCCAUUGUGCAACAUCAGGAUCUCUCUUCCAGGUUAUUAGAUCCUGUUGAAAUGUUUUAAAAUCUCCUAAGUAUGAUUAGUGAUGAUUAAGAUAUUACACAACUGUUAAAAACAUUGUGUUAGAGAAAGUUAGAUAUUUCCUGUUGCCUCAAAAUGUAAGUUAUUUUAAGAGCUUUCUUUUCAGUUAUCUUAAUUACUGCAAAUAAAUAUUUGUUUAUUGUUUAACUCAAAAAAAGAAACCUUUUCCUUUUGUUGUAAAACCGUAAGCCUGAAGUCACAUGAAUAAAAUUAAUAUGUUGUACAUGAAGCAGAAAUUUCAGUAACUAAUAUAAUGUUUUAAAAAUUGCUAUUAUCAAAGAAUUCUGAUUCAUGUGUUUCAAGUGUUUAGGUAUGCAUGCUUCUCAUUAAUCAAAAUUGAUAAUACCAUUCAGUUUAGUGAUCAAUAUGAAACCAAUUACUAAUCCUGUUGCUACUGUAUUUUUGUCUUGUUGGUAUGCCUGCCCAGAAAAACAAAUAUAUAAACGUAUAUAACAAAUGUAUAUAUUUUUCUAUAAGAAAACUGAGUUUCAGUCUUCCCCAUCUCCUGUGAUAUUUAGUUCCUGUAGUAAAAUCGCAGGGUUAAUGAUUAAAUUUGGAAUGGUAGCCCUCUGUCUAAAAUAAUGGCUGUGCUAAUGAUUAACUUCUACCACGGCCAUAGUUCCUUAGAAGGCAGCCCUUUUCCUCAAGACCCAAAGACCUCAAAGUGUGUUGUUGGAAUUGGAUUGCUGAAUAGUAGUGAUCCUUUAAAGCAGAAAUGAAAUCAUUUUCUUCCAAAAGAGUUAUGUACCCCUAUUGGUAUUCAAUCAUUCAUCUCUCUACUCUUGGUUAGUUGUCUUAUAUGCAUUUCAAAAAGCAUGAAUAUAUGAUUAUUCAUACUUUGCAUACUGUAACAGAAAGUUUGUAAAGGAAAUAAAAGUGUUUUCAAUGCCUUUUGGGCGUGGUAUCCUAUUUUUUUAUAUUAAAGAUUUGUAUAUA